UUUCUAGUGAUUAUUUAUAUACAUGCUCUUUGCAGCUAGUACGAGUUUUUAUAAGCCACACCACGGCCAGUUAGAUUAGAGAAAUAUUUGAGAACGUCAGUCAUGUACGUCAGUCACUGUUACUAAUUAGAUUUAUAACGUAUACUGAAAUAGUUUUAAGCAGUAUCAUAAGUGAUGUUCGUCUAUUAGUAAAAUGGAAUUAAAUGAGUUAAAUAGGGAUCCCUCUCGGCCGUUGAACGUUGUUCGUAUCGCGACGAGUGGUAUCCGUGAUGGUCCUCCUAUUCCUCCUCCUCCUCCUCCUCCUAAGCCUCCGGAGUUCAAUCCCCCUCACAUUCAGCAGCAAGAUCAUCAUAAAAGAAAAUGGUAUCAAUUCUGCUACGAUAAACAAAAUAAAACUGUUUGCGACAGAUCUUGCACGAGCUGGUUAUAUAUUUUGUCGUACUCCAUUUUCUACAUCAUAUUUUUGUGCGUGUUCACAUUGAUUUUACUUUAUGCAUCCCUAUGCAUCAUUAAAAGUAUCGAAGUUUACAAUAACGACCCUGAUAAAUUACUCUUAUGUCACGAAUCUAGUAAUAUAGGCUUAACUGCCAUACCGACUGCUGUGAAUAAAAUGUCACUAAUUUCGUACAAAGAUAGUGAUUAUGUGAAAUAUGUGGUCGCCCUAGAAAAUGUCGUCAGUAAAAAGCAUUCGGACGUUACCAAGCAGCUAGGACCGUGCGGAGUAGCACCUUUCGGAUACGGAGAUACGCCUUGUGUUAUUGUAAAAAUAAACAAACAUUACGGCUCGAACGCAUUACCUCUGAAACCUCGAAGUCUUAAUUCUAGCGAGAUUUCGCGUAAAAUUAAGCCCUUGGUAAGCAUGGCUUCCAAGCUCUGGUUGCAAUGUAGCGGCAGCAGUCCUUAUGAUACAGAACAUAUUGGCACAGUUAAGUACUAUCCAGACCCUCCAGGAUUCGACCCAGGAAUAUAUGCUCCGGGCAACGUCUCUGGCACUGGUCUGAUUGGAGUGCAGUUCUCCAAUUUUACUAAAGGAAUGGCUUUAUCAAUUGAGUGCAGUUUGUAUUAUGAAGGUGGUAAAUCUACGGUGGACUUUGUUCUUUACGUUAGCAGUUCGAGAAAAGUAACAUAAGAUUUUUUUUUUUUUUUUUACAAUGUUAACAAAAACAUUGCGUAGGUAUUUUUAAUCAAGCUUGGCUUAUUCCCACCCGUUACCAUCAAGUUUGUGCUACUGCUAACAACAGAUAUAUUUUUAAAAGUAUUGAACGUGAAAAAGAUCUUGAGGUUAACUAUUUACUUCUUUCCCAUCUUUUUCUAGUGGUAACAGAUGAGAAAGAUAAAUAUCAGUUGUAACAAGUGGUAAAAACCUGUUGAUAACAGGUAGGAAUAAUGCUCCAUCUUCUUGCUCGACAUGUAAUAUAAAGUAAUAGCGGGCGAUAAGUUGUUUUUACACUAAGCAGUAACUGAAAUGGUUCUAAUAAAAUAGAAAUAAAGGCAGAUCGA